AUUUGUGCAUUAAAAUAUAAUAAAUUCUCUUUAAAAAAAAUCAUUCAAAAAUAUAUUUAACAUUUAUUUAUCAUUGUUAUUAGAGCCCAGGCUUAGCUUUUCUGUGUAAUUGAUAAUUGAACAUAACUCAGUGGAAACAUGAUCAAAGUCCACAUUAAGGGCAGUAACGGGGUCACGUGACAGAUAACAGGCCUUAUGAAGGCAGGAAGUAAACAGUGCAUUUCAAGCAGUGGGUCUGCGCUUCGUCAUGGUGUCUCUCCUCCACACCCUGCGGGACCACACGGACGAGGUCCGGUGCUGCUCGUUCUCCCCGUCCCUGCUGGCGACGGGCUCCGGAGACAAGAGCCUCCGCGUCUACAGCGCCUCCACCGGCUUCACGGAGCUGCCGUUCUCCCCGCUGACGGCGCACGGCUACGGGGUUCACUGCUGCUGCUUCAGCUCCUGCGGCGGGUACCUGCUCAGCUGCUCCACGGACGGCCUCGCGCUGCUGUGGAGCGCGGACACGGGCGAGCUGCUGGCCACGCUGGAGCAUCCGAGCCGCAGCCCGCUCCGGGUGUGCGCCCUGUCGCCGGACUCCUCCCGGAUGCUGGCCGGGGCCUGUGACGGCACCGUGGCGCAGUGGGACUUCCGGUCCAGGAAGCUGCUCAGUUGCAGUGCGGUGAGUGAGGCCAGUGUUGUGGCCUGCUGCUUCUCCCCCUGUGGGCAGAUGUUUGUGAGCGGCUGCACCAACGGAGACCUGAAGCUCUGGGAUCUGCAGGCCAGUCUGCUGAACUCUCAGAAGGACGCCCAUGACCUGGGAGUGACCUGCUGCACCUUUGCACCCCAGUUCACUAUUGAAGAAUGCGCUUUGGAGUUUCGACUGGCGUCCUGUGGACAGGACAGCCGCCUGAAAAUCUGGAUUGUUGCUCAGGAUGAAAGAGACGCCUGGACGAUGAAGCUGCUUCAUUCUCUCGCUGCUCAGUCGGCUCCCGUCCUGUCCUGUGCUUUCUCUCCGGAUGGAGAGCUGCUCGUCUCUGGCUCCGUGGACAAAUCUGUGACAAUAUACAAUGCAAACCUGGGAACCCUGCUUCACACUUUAAAACAACACGACAGAUACGUGACAGCUGUGGCUGUGUCUCCUCACCAGGCCGUGAUUGCCACUGGCUCCAUGGACAGAAGUGUGAAUGUGUGGAGAAUGGGGGGAGAACUCGGAGAAACAGAGGCUGAGGCGCAGCAGGCGUCAUGUCAAGGAAGGAAGUUGCCGGUUCACUGCAGGCUGCUGCUCGCUGAUUGGACAGAGGAGGACGUGCAGAACUGGCUGUGCGAGGAAGGACUGGAGAAGCUGGUCGACGUCUUUAAAGCCAACAACAUAGACGGAGAGGAGCUCAGCCGGCUGAGCAAGGAAACGGUUACGGAGCUGGGAAUCGGUGAGGAGGAAAAAUGGAGGCGCUCUCAUUCCAGUCCAGAGUCUGUGGGUCUUCGUGGUCGUCUCUUGAGGAGGGUCAACGCCCUGAAGGCAGAGCAGAACGGCUCCGAAGCCCCGGAUCACUUCCUGUGUCCGAUCACCAGAGAGCUGAUGAAGGAUCCGGUCAUUGCUGCAGAUGGGUUCUCCUAUGAGCGCGAGUCCAUAGAGAGCUGGAUCCGAGGAAAGCACAAAACCAGUCCCAUGACAAACCUGCCCCUCAGGACCACGCUCCUCACCCCCAACAGAUCCCUGAAGAUGGCAAUCACACACUGGAAGUCAGACCAUUAGACGAGAGCUCAUCGUUGCCAUUGGGAACCAAAUGAUCAAUUGUUGUUCUUGAAAAUGCUACUCCGUCUCAUCUCAUAAAAUUAUGAGCAUUUCAGGCCCAGUUGGCCUUAUAAAUACUGCUUUUAUUUUGAAAAAUGUAUAAUGCAAGGCACAUUGCUGCAAAGUUUAAGAUGUUUUAAAAGCACUAAUUCUAACAUCCAAACUACUUACAUUGUGUGAAAUAAAGUUUUAUUUAAAACUUUGAAA